AUGCCGUUGGGUCUUAUAACGGGGAUUGCAAGAGCAAUGAGGAGGAAGCGGCCGUCGUCGCUUGACAUUCUGUCCUCCAAACGAGCUCCGCGCAAUUACUACAAGGGCAAGAACUGCAAGCCUACUGGUUUCCACACCCGUAAAGGUGGUUAUGUUAUCGUGCCGGAGAAGUUGCCCAACUACGUAGUCCCUGAUUUGACGAACUUCAUGCUCAAACCGUAUGUAUCUCAGUGCCCAAUAGAAGUUUUGACAACAGAAGCUUCAGAACCGAUCAAAUAG